AUGAUCAGACCGGAAGCAAAAGCCACGGCUGCACUGGUAGCCGAGGGCGAGCUCAUACCACCCGAUGGUGGCUGGGGAUGGUUCGUCCUGAUCGCGGCGGUGAUGGUCAACGUACUGAUACCAGGUGGCAUCAAAUCCUUCGGUGUCCUCUACAACGCCUUCCUCACGACCUUCGACGCCAAAGCCACCAAUGGAUCCUGGAUCCCCGCCAUCUGCUACUUCCUUUACAGCUCCUUGGGUCCGUUGUCGAGCGUACUUUCGGUCAGAUACUCGUAUCGGACGGUCACGUUGCUCGGCGGCACCUUCGCCGCGGCGGGAAUGAUGCUGAGCUACUUUGCCACCUGCAUCGAACACCUGUACAUAACUUACGGGAUACUCGUGGGCAUCGGUGCCGGUCUGGCCUUUCCCCCGACGGUCUACAUCGUCACCUCGUACUUUUUCCGAUUGCGCGGCUUGGCGAACGGCUUCUGCAUCUCCGGCAGCUCCCUCGGCUCCAUCAUCCUCCCUCCCGUGCUCACGAAAAUGCUCCAGGUCUUUGACGUUCGGGAAACGAUGCUGAUCUUGGGCGCCCUGACUCUGAACGUGUGGGCGUGCGCCCUGCUGUACCAGCCGGUGGAGAAACACCUGAUCCCGGCCAAGCCGGCCAACGAGGGGGCCAUCACCGUGGAGGAGUUGGGCGACGAGCAAGCCGAGGAGGACGGGGAGGAGACCGGUGGGGUCUUGGAGCCCCUGGCCGAGACCGUGAACAUCGCGGUGACGAGACCGGGGGAGCCGAGAAGCAACGGGGCCACCUCGCCGACCGUCCCGAAGAGCGCGUCGAGCGUCGCCCUCGAGAACUACUACAAGCCGGCGGUGCAGGGCCGAACGCGCAAGAUCAGCAUGCCGGUGAGCAACCGCGAGAUGGCCGGCCAGAUGCACAGCACCCCGGCCCUCCACGCGGUCCCGGAGCGCGCUGGCUCCGAGAGCAACCGGUCCCUCAUGCAGGCCGUCCGCCGGCAACACCAAUCCACCAAGCCACCGCCCCUAUCCCCCAGCACCUCCUCCUUCAACUACAUAAGCACCCCUUACCACGGCAGCACCCUCACGGCCCUGCACCCGGAGUACGCGUCCACCUUGACUCUCAACGCCAUCAGCUCGGCUUUCAGAAAGUCCCCGGAGAAGCAGGCCAAGCACCACCAGGCCGCCGAGGAGCCGGACCAGCAGCCCGCCAACCGGUUCUUCGACUGCAACCUCCUCAGGGACCCCAUGUACCUCGUCAUCCUCAUUUCAAACUCGACCAAUGCCAUCAGCUACACGAACUUUGUCAUCACUUUGACCCUGUACGCCCUCCAGCUCGGCUACUCCGACGAGCAGGCCUCGGUGCUGCUAUCGGUCGUCUCGCUCUUCGACCUCACCGGAAGGAUCGGCGGAGCUGCGCUGUCUGACACGAAACUCAUGCCGAAGCACUGGUACUUUGUGGGCGGGCUCUUCAUAUCGGGGGUUUCGCUGACCAUCCUGCCGAUCGCCAAGGGUUACGUCAUGGUGGCGUUUUACUGCAGCAUAUUCGGGAUAGCCUCGGGGGUGUACGUCGGUGUGACGGCGGUCGUGAUGGCCGACAUGCUGGGCAUAGAGAAGCUCACCUCGUCCUACGGUAUAUCGUUGUUCGUCAAUGGGGUCUUGCAGCUGGUGGGGCCGCCAAUAUGCGGUGCUCUGGAGGAACGGUUGGGCGACUGGGGCAAGAUAUACAGCGUUUUGGGGAUCAUACUCAUUGCCGGGGCCCUCAUUUGGGGUUUCGUGCCGCUCAUCAGGAGACGCCAGGCGGCUCGGAGGAGGACCGAAGCCAACAAUGACGAGGAGAGCGCGCUGCACUUGCCGGAGAAGCUGUAGCGCGGGGACACUUGUUGAGCCGAGCGUCAGUAUUAAGAUUAUUUCAACGGCUUGACUCGCCUUUUUUUUUUUUUUUUUUUUUUUUUUUUUUUUCAUUUUCUUUUCUUUGCGAAACGAUUUGCCAAAAUUGAGUGUGCUGUUAACGAAUGGGUGAAAAAACGUUUUUGUUUUUAUUAACACUGCACAGGAGUUAUCUCAAGCGAAUAAUGUUUCAUUAUAUUCAUUAGCUGACUUGUGUUUAUGAGCAAAACAAAAACAAAAAAAAAAAAAAAAAAAAAAAACAGCGAACAAUUUCAACGUUACGUAUGUAUAUAAGCGGUGUUCGCAAACAGAGGCUUUCUUUGGUCCCUAAUUUUACUUGUAUUUACGUGUAAGAAGCAUUUUUACCAUGUCCAUAUGGAUGUUAAA